AUGAUCGACCUCUUAAGUUGUUUCCGCAAGAAGGAUCAUCCCAUUCGGUUAAACAAAGAAUUCCACCUUGACCUGCAGUGGUGGGAUCAUCUCUUAGCUCAGUGGCAUGGCGUCAGUUUUUGGUUGUACCCAGGACUGUCUCCUGCCGUUGCCUUAGAAGUUGCAUCUAAUGCUGCCGGUUCCCUUGGUUUUGGGGCCUACUUCCAGGGCUUCUGGUUUGCAGGCCCUUGGGCUGUUUCUCAACAGCAGCAAUCCAUCGCCUACAAGGAACUCUUUCCCGUGCUGGUGGCAGCACAUGUCUUGGGCGCGCAGUGGUGUAAAAAGCAUGUCUUGUUUCGUUAA